UGUGAGCGUAGAAGUGGCUACAAUGUACCAGGGUUCGGAGUGACUGAUACAUCCUCAGCUGGGAGAAGUGCUACUGUGACCCCCGUGUACAAAGCUCUGUGUCUUAUCCUGGUGCCACCGCUUCCCCAGGCUCUACUCCCCUCCCCUGAAUAAUAUUUAUCUUGUAUAAACCUCCAGUACGCAUAAACCGAACCCACAAAAGGGGGGGAAAUCUCAAUCUCACUGCCUCUGUCUGUCUGUCCCUCUCUCUCUCUCUCCCACAAUUAUUUAAGAAUGAUGGCCCCAAUGCAACAGAAUGGGAAUCACAUAGAGCUCGACCCCCCAGACUCAAGGAAGAGACCACUAGAAGCGCCCAUCGAUGCCGGCAGUACAAAGCGGACUAACACAGGAGAAGAAGGCGAAUUCUUCUUGAAAGUUCUGAUUCCCAGUUACGCUGCUGGUUCGAUAAUCGGGAAAGGAGGUCAAACCAUCGUCCAGCUGCAGAAGGAGACGGGUGCCACCAUCAAGCUCUCCAAAUCCAAAGACUUCUACCCAGGCACCACCGAGCGAGUCUGCCUGAUCCAGGGCACGGUGGAGGCCUUGAACGCAGUCCAUGACUUCAUUGCGGAGAAGGUCCGGGAAAUGCCACAGAAUGUUGGCAAAACAGAGCCGGUCAACAUACUCCAACCCCAGACCAACGUCAACCCUGACCGUGUCAAGCAAGCGAAGCUGAUCGUGCCCAACAGCACGGCAGGGCUGAUCAUCGGCAAGGGAGGAGCGACGGUGAAGGCGGUGAUGGAGCAGUCGGGCGCCUGGGUGCAGCUGUCGCAGAAGCCAGAGGGCAUCAACCUGCAGGAGCGGGUGGUGACGGUGAGUGGCGAGGCCGAGCAGAACCGCAAGGCAGUGGAGCUGAUGGUGCAGAAGAUCCAGGAGGACCCUCAGAGCGGCAGCUGCCUCAACAUCAGCUACGCCAACAUCUCGGGCCCGGUGGCCAACUCCAACCCCACCGGCUCGCCCUACGCCAACUCGGCCGAGGUCUUGCCGGCAGCGGCCUCGGCGGCCGGGCUGCUGGGCCACGCCAACCUGGCCGGGGUGGCCGGCUUCACCGCCGGACUCUCAGGCUUCACCGGCAACGACCUGCUGGCCAUCAGCUCAGCCCUCAACACCUUGGCCAGCUACGGCUACAACACCAACUCCCUGGGGCUGGGCCUCAACCCAGCCACUGCCACUGGCGUCCUGGCGGCCGUGGCGGCCAGCGCCAACCCCGCCGCCGCUGCCGCCGCCAACCUCUUGGCCUCCUACGCCAACGAAGCCUCGGCAGGCACCAACGCCCCGGCCAGCACGGUGGGCUCCUUCUCGCUGGGCUCGCUGGCGGCUGCUUCUGCUGCCGCCGCCAGCAACGGCUACUUCAGCGCUGCCUCGCCGCUCGCCACCGGCUCCAUCCUGGCGGCGGAGAAGCUGAGCGAGGGCUCCAAGGACGUGGUGGAGAUCGCCGUGCCCGAGAACCUGGUGGGCGCCAUUUUGGGGAAGGGCGGGAAGACGCUGGUGGAGUACCAGGAGUUGACUGGCGCCCGCAUCCAGAUCUCCAAAAAGGGCGAGUUUAUCCCGGGCACGAGGAACCGCAAGGUCACCAUCACCGGAACGGCAGCCGCCACGCAGGCGGCCCAGUAUUUAAUUAGCCAGAGGAUCACCUACGAGCAAGGAGUGCGUGCCGCCAACCUCCAGAAGGUCGGGUAACCAGGAGCGGGCUGCGGCGGCAGAAAGACAGGUGUCCGUUUUUUUAAAAAAAAACUGAAAGGGGCUUAUAUAGUACUUGAUCUAAUUAAAACGUCUUGUAUUAAUAUAUUAUAUGAAACGUCAGAGAUCUGUGUAUAUGUAAAUAAUGUUUACUGCGAUUCCAUUGGAGACCAUGUCUUCAGUUGAUUUGGGUUUCUUUCCCCCCCCCCCCCCCCCAGAACUUACUCCCCGUCUCUCCCUCCUCCAUCUGAUCCCCCUCCUUGUCUUCUAACCCUUCUCCCCCUCCCCCUCCUCCUCCCCAGCACUUUCUCCCCCCCUCCCCUCCACAGCACUUACUCUCCCUCCUAACGUUCUCACCAUCUCAUCCGGUCCUCCCUCACCACCUUGCCCAUCCCUCCUCUAUUUCUCCCCUUCUCCCAUUCCCUACCCUCUCUCACCAUCUCCCGCUUCCCUAACUCUCCCUGGGCCUCCAUCCUCUCCUUCCCCUCCCCUCCCCAUCCCUCCCCUCCCAUUACUUCCUACUCUCCCCUCCUUCCUUCAACUCUCCUUUGCCCUCCCAACUCUCCCCUCCCCCUGCCUUCCUCCCCUCCCUUUCCUACAUCUCCCUCCUCGCCCAUGCCCUCCCCUCUGCCCCACCCUCCGUCCCUCCUCCCCCUCUCCUGUCUCCCUUGAUUCCCUGCCCUGAAUCUCCUGCCCAUCCUCUGGCAUCACCUCUUCUCCCUUCACUGUCCGCCCCACCUCUCCGCCUCUUCCUUUCUGCCCCCCUGUUGAGCUGAGUGUUUGUCACCUUCUGGACUUGAAUAAAACUCCCUCCUCAUUCACACAGUGCAGUGGGUUGGCGGCUGAAAACCUCCUCCCCCCCACCCCCAAAACUAAUGCCACCCCCUCCCCAAAGUCGGAGAUCACCGGGUGAACCUGAGCACUUCUGGAAUACCCCUACCCCACCUCCCAUCCCCUUCUCUAGGGGCGACGCCUCCACUUGGACAUGUUCCUCGAGACUUGUCACAUGACUCGUGUCCCCCAAUGCUCCCUCACAAACUCACCUACCAUUGAUCGCUUGAUCCUUCUCUCCUACUGGCCAGGCAAACAGAUUCUUCUUCCUUUACCCACUGGAAAUAUUUCAUCAUCAACCAAUGUUGCUACUCAAUAAAUCAAAGUGUUUGAACGAGAGGUAUACAAAAGGACGCACAACUCGACCUAAGAGCUUACGCUCCCAGAGGUUUCCAGAUUGAUCCUUACUCCCGGAGACUCCAGGGCGAAGUUGGAGGGGUUGGAACCCUGCUCUGCACCCCAUGUGAACACAGGAGUGGUUGUCCGUGUUUGAAGCUGAGCACCCUCACCCAGGAGACUAUCUCCCUGGGCCUCCCUUUCUUGCCUCCUCGAAUGGCAAUCGUUGAUUUUUCUCGUAUUUGCUGUUCCUGCGUUGGAUCUCAUCUGCUCAUUAAUACAAAUGAGUAGGUUUGCUUGAAGCUGGGAGUUUGUAGCUCUCAGGAGAGGCUGCAGGAGCUGGGGAUCUUCCCGUCAGAGAAGAGGCAGCUACCUUUAAAACAGUAAGAGCUCGUUAGAAGCCAUUCUGCCCUUUGUUUCUGUACUCAGAAGAGCUGUUCUGUUUGAUCCCAUGAGCUUAGUUCUCCCUCCUAGCCCUCCAAUCUAAGUAAGGCAACCACUAAGCAAUCCAAGAAAUGAUUCAAGAGAAACUUCCCUAUCCAGAGAGGUGGGAAUGUGGAGCUCGUUCCAACAGGGAAUGGUUGAGGUGAACAGCGAAGGUGCCUUUAAGGAUAAAUAUACAGGAGAGAAGAAUGGGAUAUUAAGACAGGGUGGGAGGAGCCCUGUGUGGACCAGCAGGAAGUUGUUGGGUUGAAUGGCCUGUCUUUAGGCUGUUCGGUUUUGGCUUGGAAACACCUGCUGGGAGAAGUGUAGCAGCAAGGAAGAGAAUAGGUUGUUUUGUCCCUUGAAAGAGUUGAACCAUUUAAUAGUCCAUGGCUGAUCUCCAUCUCAAGUCUUUGGCUCUGGAUAGCCUUUCCCAAUGGUGACCAGGGCUGGCGAGUCCUCUGUGUGUGUCAUUGCUUUAACACCCAGCCUUAACAUGAGGCUCCUGACCAUAACACCAGGGUAAAUGCUGGAACCAGGGAUCCACAGAGGGAGGUGGUCACUGAAAUCAGAAGUCCCCAGAAAGAGAUGGUCAAGGAGACAGUAGGGCCAGAGAGGCAGGUGGGCACAGAGACGGGAGGUCCCACAUGAGGAGCCCAUUACCAAGAUCAGGAGUCUCCACAAGUAGUUGAGAUCAGAUGUCCUCAGAGGGAGGGGCCACAGAGAGAAAGAGAGAAAGUUGCAAGAAAUGGGGGUCCACAAGGGAUUUGAUAAUAGAUAGUGGAUUCCACAGAGAGAGAUGGACACUGAGACCAGGGGUCCAUUAAAGGAGAUGCUCGUAGAGACUGGUGGUCCACAGACAAAGGUGGUCGUAGAGACCAGGGGUCCACAGAUGAAGGUGAUACUAGAGACUGGGGCUGCACAGAGAGAGAUGGAGACCAGGGUCCACAGAAGGAGAUGGUCAGUGAGACCAGGGUCUACAGAGAAAGAUGGUCAGGAAUGCUCCUGGAUAUCUAGGGUCUACAGGAUUAAUGAACUGACACCUCCAGGAAUCUUCCCAAUGGAAAAGGUUCAGUUCCAGCACUGGGUGGGUGCACAGGAAUUUAAGCCUGCCUACUGUUGGAGGAACACAUUAAACAUACAUAAAGAAUGAGCAUUGGCUCCUACACGUGUAGACUCAUCAUACUUCAUGAGUGUUAAAUGGAACACGUGUCCCAACUAUACCUCCUUCACCUCCCCGAAUCUGCAUUCCACAACCACAGCCUCAGCAAAAUACUAACAAGCUCUCUCCUUCCGCCCCAUCAGCCUGAGACCCUGAAGUUCCUUCACAUAACUUUAGUUCCCUCUUCUAGUCGCUCUCAAGAAAGUAUCACCCGCUGCCAACUCCUGCUCUGGGAGGGAAUUAUGGAGAGGAGGAGUCUAUGAUUUAGGUUUGACUUUGAUUUUGACCCCCUAUCCUGUCACCAGUGGGAUUCAGGCCUUGACCUGUCUUGCAUUAAGGCUGAGAUGUUCCUGGUUGGAGAUGGUGGAGAUAGGCGCAGUUAGUGAUGUUUCAGAGUGGGAGCCCACGAAAUAGUCACAUUUAGCCCAGCAUUGGGCCACAGUAGAGACAGUUGCCAAAGAAUUGAAGUGUUAAUGGGAUUAAUGUAGGAUUAGAGUAAGUGGGCAGUUGAUGGUUAGUACAGGCUUGGUGGGCUGAAGGGCCUGUUUCUGUUCUGUAUCUCUUUAUGCCUGUACAGAAUCUUCUUCCAACGGUUGGGGAUUCAGAACUAGAGGGCAUAGGUUUAAGGUGAGAGGGGAGAGAUUUAAUAGGGACCUGAGGGGCAACUUCUUCACUGAAAGCAUCGUCCAUAUAUGGAAUGAGCUGCCAAAGGAAGCGGUUGAGGCAGGUACAUGAACGUUUAAAAGGUACUUGGACAGGUACGGGGAUAGGAAAGGUUUGGAGAGAUAUGAGCUAAACUCAGGCUUAGAAGGGCAUCUUGGUCGGCAUGGACCAGUUGGGCCGAAGGGCCUGUUUCCAUACUGUAUGACUCUAUAUCUCCCAGGAUCGUGCUGGGAUCGUGCUGGAAAAGAACCUGAGAAGACAAACCUCAUUCAAUCAAGAAUUCCGUACCAACUUGUUUCCUCACUCCCUCCUUCAUGGGAUCACCCUGUUUCCAAGUCGCUGACUGGUUCUCCCAUGCUGGGCACCAUGUACCACCUGAUCCAGUGGGUAACCAUGCAGGCAGCUGGUGGAAUCCCAGUGCUACCUGGUGUCAUCCGAGGAAUUCCACUGAAGACUAACUUUUGUCCCUUCUAAUAACCUUUGCUUCCCUCAUCACACCACCUCACCAGUCUGGGGUUGGCGGGCCAGUGUUAAACCAAAAGAGAAUUGGGCCAUUAUGACCUGGUUGGAACUUGAGACGUGUCCCAGGUCAACACUUGAGGAGGAACUACAGGACCCCUGGCAGUGUCUCUUCUACUAGAACAAAGCGACAGAAGGAGGCCUUUCAGCCCUUCGAACCUCCUCUCUGAGGUCAUGGCCAAAAUGCAGGGCUGUUGCCAGUUUGGAGACAUUAGACAUAGAGUGAGAAGUUCUGUGCUGAUCUGUGUCAGGCUUCUACAUCUCCUGGGAUCCCUGUCAAAGGUGAUCCUGUCGGGUUUGUUCCACCAGGAGAGUCUUGACUUGACCGAUGGAGACUCAGGCUGAGACAUCAAGGAGAUCCACCCCCCUCCAUUGGUUCUUUAGUUCCACACAUUAACCCAGGGUCUUCAUGUUCACCUUAGCUUUACUCUGAGGGAGUCUUCCAAUGAAGAUCCUUGCAGUGUACUCUUGGAUUUGCCUUUAGAUGGCUUGGAAGGGCUUCAUUAACACCUGCUGGAAAGGUGUGUCAUUUGUGGGAAGGGUGUCAGUUAAGUGUCACAUUGAGAGGGGUACCACACUCCUGCCAAUCAGGCUCAAGGGGAAUGGGGGAAGUCUUUCUCUGUUGCUAUGGCAAGCGAAUGAGCUCCAGCCUACCGCUACCGUAUCCUAGAUCCAAGUAAAGCUGGAUAUUCCCAGAUCUUCGCUGCUGGUGCUCAGAGCUGAUCCACCAGGAUUUCCCAAGAAGAUGGCAGAGAUUCCAACUGGAAUAUUUGGGAUAUUGAGCACAUCAUUUGGAAUAUCACUUGAAAGUUUUCCGAGGACUGAGGAGAAGGCUGCAGGCCCAAGAGAUGCAAGGUUCCAAAGGCAAGACAGCGUGAAUGAAGCCUCUGAGAUCUUUGACCUCCCAUGGACAGGUGACCUCUAUCAAAAGAGCAGUGGAACGGUAGACCUGUUGGUAACCAUUUUGUUAAUGUCUCUCCAUCGACCCGGGUUCAAUUCCGACCUCAGUUGCUGUCUGUGUGGAGUUGGCGCGUUCUCCCCUUGACCGUAUGGUUUUCCUCCAGGUGUUCCGGUUUCCUCCCACAUCCCAAAGAUGUGUGGGUUGUAAGACUGGUAAAUUGCCUCUAUUGUGUAGGUGAGUGGUGAAGGAUCGGUGUAAAUGGGUGCCUGAUGGUCAGCAUGGAUAUGGUGGGCCGAAGGGCCUGUUUCUCUGCUCUGUGACUCUACGAUGAUUACCCUCUCUUGUGUCCUGCUCGGAGCUGUCCCUGGUCCUGAACCAGCCCUGCAAUGUAAAGGCAGGAGGGCAAGUGGUUCCUUAAGCGUGGUGGCGAGUGUGGGCUUAUUUGUUCAGGAGUGGAUCUCGAGAGAUCCCUGAGGCUGGCAUACAGUGCCGGUCUUGUAAAGUGAAUUACUUUAAGGUAGGAAUGGCCAUAGACUUGCCAAUGUAAGGUCUGCCUACAAUGACAAGGGGAACCAAGGCAACUGGGGAUCAAUCCGUGCUGGACAGAUUAAGUGUACAUGGACACACGCACACACGUGCAUAUACACGCACUCGUGAACAAUCUACACGCAUGCAGAUGCACUCUGAUCCCACACUCUGGCAUAUCUGAUCUUGUCCGAAACCUCCAUCUCAGUCUCCCUCCCUCCCUCAAUCUCCCUGAGUAUUUACUCAACAGCAUAUCGGUUUAAAUCCCAAUCUUUCAGCUUGGCACUUGCUCUCUUAAACCGGCUCAACUGCUCCUCUCCAUUAACCCUUUGCCAUCUAACCUCUGCUUAGUCUCCACAAACAUGCUCAGAAAGGGUAGGCCUAUUAACUCUCAUUAGACAGUUUGAAAGCAUGUAGUUUUAGUUGCCAGAAUUAAUGCAGAGUUUCUUAAAGAAAAGUUUAAAAGAAUUUUUCAAAGUGAGAUUUUUUUUUCUAAUGCAAGAAAAUGCAAGUGCCAAUUGAACAAAAUACCCAGCACGUUGCGAGGAUGUUAAUGAAAAUUCAAAGUGUAAUGUGUUUGUUUUUAUUCAGAUGGAGGAAAGAUGAAAUGAUGUAGGAUAUUCAGAGUUGCACUUUGACUUCCUGUUGAGGGACUUUGUGUGUCGUCUGUGUGUCUGCAGCCUGCAUUCACUCACAUUUGAAGUUGCAAAGGAGGUGCAUUGAGUUCUUAACUUUUCUUGUGUUGUUAGUGUUGUAACAAACCGCUUACCCCAACUUCCUGUAAGUGACAGCACUAUUGGAGCAUUCCUAGUCUCCCAGCUCCUCUCUCCUCCAGCUGCCUUGUCACCAAAUACCACUUCCCCUUCCCCCCCCCCAAUCAAACUCUGCCCCCUUUCUGUGAUUAAGCCCUUUGGUUGGCUAUUUGAAGCUCUUUCCCAUCCAUUAAGUGAACAUUCAUAGUACUAAUUUGAGGCCUAAGGAACAAGAAAUGUAUUCCAGCUUUCUGCCCACAUCAGACAAUCCCGAUCCACCCUCUUAAUCCCAGAAAACCAUCCAGCCAUGCCAACUGGACCAGACAAGGGAAUAACCCUCAGGAUAACUCCAUACAGAAUUUAUAUUUGGGAUAUUGAGCACAUCAUCUGGAAUAUCACAUGAAAGAUUUCUGAGGGUUGAGGAGAAGGCUACAGGCCCAAGACAGUUUUACUUGGAAAUGUUCUGGGAUGGUCUCGCACAGUGUCCAUUAGCUUCUUCAAUUGUUUGGAGGGUAGAAGAAGUGCCCCUAGCCUCUGCAGGUCAUGGACAGAUGUUUUAGGAACAUGAGAUACACUUGAAGAAAAAAUGAGUGAGCUAAAUUCUUACUUGAUGAUAGGGAAACAUAUAAAAAUUCUGUUGGAGCAUUCAACAAUUGAAGAGCUCUUUCACAGUGUCCACACAGGAAAGACUGAACGGUCUCUUCCCGUACCAAGAACCUGUGGUGCUUGAUGCUCAAUCUGACUGGAGGCAGUGUUCUCAGACAGACUCUCUGAUCUGCUCCCAUCGGGAGCUUGGGCGAGGGGUCAAGCACUGGUUCUGUCUACAUCACCCCUGUCAUUCCAGCCGCUCCCCAUGACCCAGCAACUUCUCCACUUGGAAAAUCUAGUUUAAUGGCAUAAAUAUUACCAUCCAACAGCUUGGGUAGCCCGUGGGUCUUCCUGGAUAAUCUCCCACAGGAAGAAGAGUAACAGUUUUACAAUGGGGAUAACGGGCAGCAACAGUCUUAAAAAUAAAGCAGAAGCUAGAUAUUGUUUAGUAGACAGACAGAGGUUCAGUGUUUGGCUUGGGCAAGGAAGCACACUGUUAUCAUCUCCCCAUUGGUAAAUUGGUUUAUUAUUGUCACAUGUACUGAGGUACAGUGAAAAACAUUGUUUUGCAUGCCAUCCGUACAGAUCAUUUCAUUACAUCAGUGCAUUGAGGUAGUCCAAAAUAGCAGAAUGCAGAAUAAAGUGUUACAGUUACAGAGAAACUGCAGUGUGGGCAGACAAUAAUGUGCAAGGCCAUUAUGACGUAGAUUGUGAGGUCAAGAAUCCAUCUGAUUGUACUUGGAGACCGUUCAAUAAUCUUAUAACAGUGGGAUAGAAGCUGUCCUUGAGCCUGGUGGUUCGUAGAUUCAAGCUUUUGUAACUUCUGCCUGAUGGGAGCGGGGAGAAGAGGGAAUGUCUGGAGUGGGUGGGGUCUUUGGUUAUGUUGGCUGCUUUAUCGAGGCAGUGAGAAGUGUAGACAGAGUCCAUGGAGGAGAGGCUGGUUUCCGUGAUGUGCUGGGCUGUGUCCACAACUCUCUGCAGUUUCUUGCGGUCCUGGGCAGAGCAGUUGCCGUACCAAGCCGUGAUGCAUCUGGAUUGGAUGCAUUCUAUGGUGCAUCGACAAAAAUUGGUGAGGGUCAAAGGGGACAUGCUGAUUUUCUUUAGGGAUUAAUCAUCCCUACUAAAGACACUGGUAAAUACAGUUGGACAAGGAGGCUGCUUCAACUGCUUCCAACCCCUUAAAAUGUACAUUAUGAUAAGAGCGAUUCUUUCUCUCAUCAAUUCUCUUUGACAGAAACAUAUCACCAGCUGUAUUUUAGUAUCCCAGUUUUAAUUACUACAUGUUUCCUCAGCCCAUGAAGGCUAUUGAGUCCCUCGGGCUGCCUGUCUCAUGGUGAACCAGGUUAGCUGUCUCUCAGCAGUUACAGACUUCCCAACCUAAUGAUUUACUUAGCUAACACCUGCCUUAACCAGCAGUUAAUAUUAUAGCCAGCAUUAUACAGUUAACACUGAUUAACCAUAAUUUUCAAAACUAAUAACUAAUUAAUAAAUAGUUUGCUCCCUGUGCCCUCCCAGCCAAUGCUUCCAAUAGGUGGGCUCCCCAGCCUUAUUGAUGUGUGAGGCUGCCUUAGGCAAAUUGAAAAAUGAGUUUGAGACUGGGGCUUGGAGGCUCCCGACCAUCCCAAUUCGGAAUUUCCAUCAACACAUCGAGUACAGAAUUCGAUUAAGGGAAUAUAGAGCUGAGGUCACCCAUGACAAACAUCUCAAACCCUGUUGACGUGGCCACCAACUCUUCUGUCUCCUCAGAUUCUCCCAUUCCCCGCCACCAUACCGACUGCUCAGUGUCUAGUCCUUUGCUGGUGGGCUUCCUGAUUUUGCCUUUGGGUCGGUCUGGUAGUUUGGAAAGAGCUGUGUUUUCAAUACUGUUGUCGGAUACAUCCUUAAAUCAGAACACCCAACUUUGUGGGAGUGCAUGACUUUGAGAUUGGGAACUAGUGGAGUGUUGUUUAAGGUUGUGGGAGAUGGCAGGUGGCUUGGUGGGUUGGAGAACUCCAUGUGGGGGCACUUCCUACCCUCGGGGUCAGGCCUCAGAACUGGAUAUGAAUUUUGGACUCAGGUUGAUGAUGUGAUUGGGCUUCAGUGAUACAAACCCAAACAGGAAUAUGAAAACGCACACACACACACACACACACACACACACACACACACACACACACACACACACACACACACAUGCGCGCAUAUUUCUAAUAUUAUUAUUGGUGGGCAUUAGGCUAAAGACAUGUGUUAUGGUCCCUGCAAGUUAUGUGCAUUGGCAGUUGGAGGUCAAACCAAAUCGGUGAUGCUUUCUGCUAUGAAACUACUUGUUCCAGGCCAGUUUCCCGUGAUGGGAUAGUUACUUAGAGGGAGGUGCCAAAUCUCUGAGCCCUUGUGAAGAUCCACCAGGGCCAGAGGAGCCAAGUCUGGUAGAUGUUCCUUCGAUGUACCUGAAGUAUGCACAAGGGAUGCUUGCCUCGGUCGUCCAACCAGGUGAACAGGCAUCUUGCCUGAUUUUCUCCCUCCACUUUGGGCUUCCCACCUUCUCUCCGAAUCAUUAUUCAACCAGUCUUGGUCUUGCCAGGGUUGAAUUGGAAAUGGGGAACAGUUGCCGUGGUAACUCAGCAAAGGCUCAGGGGGUCCAGAACUUUCUGUGAUGAUGGCAAGUGGUGGAGGGAGGUGGGUCGCAUCCAUUCCAUUGGUGGAUCGGUAGGUUAUUUGAUGUAGGUCCCAUUAGUUACUGGCCACUUCCCCAAUCCUGCCCUCAGCUCACUCCCUGAAUCCUGGUGUAGGGAGUGGCGGCGUUGAGGUCCAACUGGUUUAUCAAGGAGAAUUUGCUUUUGAAAAGUGUGAGGAGAGGGGUUAUCUUUCUCUUACACCCACCUUGCUUUCUGAACCUUGUGCUUAAGAGUGCCAAAUUGGAAGUCAGCCUUGGCUUCCUCCGCUGAAUGACGAAACCUUCUGUUCUUACAUCCCCUUUUGCUACACCCCAUCUCAAACGUCAUUGUCACAUAUUGGUUUGUGAGGGAUUGAAGUUGUACUCAACUAGGGCCCAGACUAUUGGGCAACUCAUUACUGUCUCCACAGCCUCAGCAAAUCCCAUUUUCACACCUUAAUCUUCCUCAACAUACUGCAUCAUUACCUUCCAAGAGUUUGCUCUGUCUCCACUUCCCUCUCUCUCUUUCCUUUCCCCAUCCACUGACAAGCAGAGGGCUUGACCUCUGACUCUGACCUCAACCCUCAUGAACUCUAUCCCUCAGAAGCCACCAUUCUGAGUUUCAAUGAAAUCAAAAGCAAAAUCCUAGUUGGGUCAACUCGUCAUUUCCACGAAAUACAGCAAGAAAAAAAUAUGUGCAAUCUACACAUUUUUUUAGAUUCAGUGACGGAGAUUAUAUUUUAGGAAUUUUCUUCCAAUGCUUGUGUUGCUUGUCCAUUUUUCUUGACCUCUCCAGGUCCUGUCAAAUCCCCCAUGAAUUCAAUGUAAAUAAUCCUGAUGAGGUGUGAUGGGGAUGCUGGUUGGGAGGGUGGUGACGGGCAGUUUGCUCUCUCUCCUUGUGUUUCUUUUGCAUCGAAUUGUUGCUGCAUUUAACAAGGACAAAAAAAAAAGAUAUUUAUUUCAACAACAAAGAGCAGAUUUUUGGAGAGAAGAUUAAAGAAAAAUAAAGAGAAUACUGGAAUGCUGUUAUUGAUAAAGUUCUUUCAAUCUUGAUAAAGAUUUAGUUUUACUUGACCUGGUGAUAGCUAUUUAUCAUUGAUGUUCAAUAGAUUGUGUAUGUUUGAUGCUGAGUUAUGUAUACCUUGUGAAGUCUGCAGUGCCUGCGAUUAUAUUUGCAUACUUGCUCAUUCAACAUAUAAAUGUGGUUCGUUCAUUGCAUUUCUGUCGUGUCUUGUCGCAUUCUUCUUGCAUAAUCACUAAUCUCAGUCCAUCUAACGACGCAUUUUACUUACAAACCACACGA